CCCGGCGGUGAUCCACGCCGCGUAGGCCGGGGAUUUUGGCUUCGGCCGCUGCUGUUCAAAGAUGCAGACAAGUCCUGUCAGGCCGAACCCCCUGCGGUGGCGAAGACGACGCGAUGCCACUCAUCACUCCAUCAGCUGCAGUGUGUGGAACAGUGUCAGGUAUCAAUUCAUCACUACUAUUCUCCACUCACUCACUCACUUUAUUGCUGUUCAUCCGAAACAAUGCCAGGUAUCCAUUUCUCACUACUGGAGACGACGCAUCGGAUGCUCUCGCUGUUUUUGCUCACUGUUCUUGCAGCAUCGGAUGCUCUCGCUUUUCAUCUCAUCUGAAAAGAUGUCGGGCAUCAAUUAUUUCUCUGCAUCAAUCAUUGCCUUUUCCAGCUUGCUUUGGCACCCAUACACAAUUGUCGGGCAUCAAUUUCUCUCCAUCAAUCAUUGUCGCUUACUGCUCUCCAUCGGCAGCUGCUCCAUACCACAAAGCACACGCUCCUGCCGGCUGGACCUGGAUCCCCUCCUCAUUUUGCUCCACCCACCAGAUCUAGCUACCAUUGCCACUGCAACUUCUGAAGCAGCGAGGGUAGAGAGAUAGGCAUGGAGCCCACGGCGGUCAGCGUGGGAAAGGCCGCGCUGGGUGGUGCGCUGGGCUACGCCACGUCCAAGGCGGCAGAGGAAAUUGCCCUGCAGCUAGGCGUCGAGCAUGAUGUGAAGUUCAUCAGGGAUGAGCUGCAGAUGAUGCAGUCCUUCUUGAUGACGGCUGAUGAGGAGCAGAGCCAGAACAAGGUGCUCACCACCUGGGUUAAACAGAUUGGGGUCCUGUCCUACAAAGUGGAGGACGGCCUCAUGGAUUUCGGCCUUCACUCGGAGAAAAAGCCAUUUUUGGGGUGCAUCCCUCGCAACCCAGGUGACCGAUGCCGCAUCGCCAAGGAGGUGAAGCAGCUGAGGGCCGAGGUGGAGGACGUGAGCAACAGGAACCUGCGUUAUCGCCUCAUCAAGAAGAGCUCAGGCUCCAAUCCUACCGCAGCAGAGGAGCAGGCAAGCGUUGCCAGAGCGGCAAUGUUUGGUAUCAAUGAAGCAAGGUUUGCUACCUUUGUGCAUGAAAAAUCAUCAGUGGUGGACCUCCAUCAGCUGAUUAGUAGCAACGAUGUGAACCUUAGGGUGAUUGCCAUGUGGGGAACUUGCGGUGAUAUUGGGAAGAUAUCUGCCAUCCAGGAGAUUUAUGAUGACCCAAAGGUAUUGAAAAGGUUUGUCUUCCAUGCUUGGAUUAGGUUGAUGCACCCUUUCAAUCCACAAGAGUUCCUCCGGAGCUUGGUAAGGCAAUUUUAUGUAAAUUUACAUGAUGAUGUUGGAAAGCCAUCUUUCAAUCCACAAGAAUUUCUCCAGAGCUUGGAAAGGCAAUUUUAUGAAAAUUCCUAUGGUUACAUUGGAAAGCCAGAACAAGAAACAAGUGUUGGGGCUGUUCUGGCCAAGAUGGAGAAGAUGGAUCAAAGUGAUUUAGUCCGUGUGUUUAAUGCACUGUUGUGUAGCAAUAGCUACCUGGUUAUCAUAAAUGACCUUUCCAUGAUAGAAGAAUGGCAUUGCAUUAAGAAGUACUUUCCUGACAACAAGAAACAAAGUAGAAUCAUCGUUUCUGCGCAGCAAGUUGAAAUUGCAUGCUUGUGCACAGAGAAACCGUACCAAGUUUCCGAGUUCAAGCAGUUGUCCUGUGAUCAAACUAUUUAUUUGUUCCACAAGAAGAAUUCAGUGGGGCAGGUCAACAUGGGCAGUGUUAGUGUUGCAAUGGUUGACAACGAUGACGAAGCAAAGGCUCCUACUGUGGAGGAGAAACUGAAGGAUCUAUUUAGAGGCUGGCGAGGCCAACAAUUCGUCCGGCGAUAUGCGCAAAUGUGCUGAAGAAGCUCUCAAGGCUAAUCGCAUGAAGAUCUGUAUGGCCGAAGAGCGAAGACUGGUGCACAAAGACUAGCCAAUUAUUCAUCGAGAGACAAUGCCACGUGAAGAAAGCAAAGAUUUCUGAAGAUUGAAACUUGUCGGCACUCUCUCGCACUUUUCUAUAUUAUUAGAAGGACACGCAUAUACCCUAGUAGGACACGUGUGUAUGCUACCUUGGGUAAAAUAAGUGAAGGAAGGCUCCCGAAGGCCACCUUGCAGCCACCCCUCACGGCUAUAAAAGGAGACGCUGGACUCAAGAAGAGAACACAAGAGACGGGAGAGCACGGAGCACUCAAAGCAUCGAGACUCUCCACCAGAGCACCACUUCCUUCGUAGUCUAGCCACCACCACUACUAGUAGAAUAGCCAAGAAGGCGCUUAGUUCGCCAAAAGUUUGAAGGUAAUUUCCUAGUUGUGUGUAAUCCCUUCGGGGCCUCCCGAAAGGGAAAACCAUAUGUAAAUUAUGUUGUUGAAAUGAUGUAGUUUCUUGGUUUCACUUAGUGCUUUUAUUUAUGAAUUUAUGGGACGAGUUCUUAUGCUAGGGAUCCUAUAGGAGAAACCUCUGCG